CAUUGCCAGGCUGUGGGUGAAUGAUUUCUGAAGACGUGGAGGUGUGAGGCAGCUGGUCUUUGCGGUCAGCCAUCACACAGCUCCCAAAAGGGUGGAAGGUUGACUUCUCAUCCGGCUCCGGCAGGUCUCCGAACAGGAACGGCAGACGUUCUCAUCUCCCACCCAGGCCCAUCUUGGGAACAAGAUCUGGGAACCAUAUACAGUUCAGCUUCAAGCUUCGACUUACUUGUAGCUUGAGAGACUCAAAGCCUCCUCAACAGCACCCCCACAGAGAAAGCAUUUUGACUACUGCACCUAGCCAUCUCCCGUCUCCCCCAUGGCCCUAACAAUGCUGAAUGGGCUCCUGAUUAAGGACUUGAGCCCACCCAUGCUUCUGCACCAGGUUAGCAAGACUCCCCAGUUGGAUACCUUCAACUUCCAGAGCUGCUUUAUGCAGGGUGUCUUUGCCCAUUUCCCUGAGAUCUUAUUUAUCCACAGGACCUAUAACCCAAGGGGCAAAGUGUUAUAUACCUUCCUGGUGGAUGGACCUCGGGUGCAGCUGGAGGGUCAUCUUGCCCGGGUAGUCUACUUCGCCAUCCCUGCCAAGGAGGAUGCUGAAGGCCUGGCCCAGAUGUUCCAAGUGUUCAAGAAGUUUAACCCAGCAUGGGAGAGAGUUUGUACCAUUCUGGUGGAUCCCCACUUCCUUCCACUGCCCACCCUGGCCAUGGAGUUCCCCACAGCUGAGGUCCUGCUCUCAGCCUUCCACAUUUGUAAGUUCCUCCAGGGCAAGUUCUAUCAGCUGUCCCUCGAACGGCCUGUGGAAAGGGUGCUACUGACUUCCCUGCAGAGCACAAUGUGCUCAGCCACGGCAGGCAACCUGAGGAAGUUGUAUAUGCUCCUGAGCAACUGCAUCCCCCCAGCCCAGCUGCCUGAGCUCCAUUCACACUGGCUGCUCAACGACCGCAUCUGGCUGGCCCACCGCUGGAGAAGCCGAGCUGAGAGCAGCCACUACUUCCAGAGCCUCGAGGUUACCACCCGUGUCCUCAGCCAGUUCUUUGGCACCACCCCUUUUGAGAAACAAGGCAUGGCCUCUCUGUUCAGAUACAUGCAGCAGAACUCUGGAGACAAGGCAAGCUUCAACCUGUGCCUGAGUCUCCCAAAUAAUCAUGCCCCCUCAGAUGCUAGCCCUGAGAGCCCCAAGUUGGAGCAGGUGGUAGAAUCCCGCAUCCAGCACUCCCUCAAUGCCAUCUGCACAGGGCCAGCAGCCCAGCUCUGCCUGGGAGAGCUUGCUGUGGUCCAGAAAUCCAUGCACCUCAUUGGCUCUGGCUCAGAAAAGAUGAACAUACAGAUCCUAGAAGACACCCACAAGGUCCAGCCCCAGCCCCCUGCCAGCUGCAGCUGCUACUUUAACCAGGCCUUCCACCUACCCUGCCGCCACAUACUUGCCAUGCUUAAUUCUCGCCAGCAGGUGCUCCAGCCCAACAUGCUGCCAGCUCAGUGGACAGCAGGCUGUGCCACCAGUCUAGAUGGCAUCCUGGGCAGCAAGUGGAGUGAGACCCUGGAUAAGCACCUGGCAGUGACUCUCCUCACUGAGGAGGUGGGUCGGCUCUUGCAGCACUGCAGCCAGGAGGAGUUUGAGCGGAGGUACGGCACCCUGCGGGAACUGGCCGACAGCUGGAUCGGCCCUUAUGAGCAGGUCCAACUCUGAUUACUCUUGAUGCCCAGAGAUGUUCAUGCAUGUGUACACAUUCACAUCCACCCGCACACAAGCAUACACGUGUUCACACUGUUAUACUUCCAUGGGCCCUCCUUCCAGAAUUUAAGAAGGACAAGUGUCUUCUAUUUUACUGUAGCCUGCUACCUAGAAUGUGUCUAGUUCUGUAAGACAGGAGUCAGCAAAUCUUUUCUGUAAAGGGCCCAACAGUAAAGAUUUAAUUUGGCCACAUACAGUUUCUGUUGUAUAUUCUUGAUUUUGUUUUGAUAACCUUUUUAUAAAAUAACCAUUCUUAACUCCAGGGUCUUAAAAAAACAGGUGACCACUGGUCUAAGAUACGAGAUAAGACAUUGGGUGGUGAGGUUGAGGGCUGGAGCUUGGUAACAGCUGCCCUAGUCAUGAGAUGACUCACCUGACCCAUCUCCUGUGAAUGAGCUGGCCUGGGAGGGAGACUUCCCACAGAAGAAGAGGCCCCUCAGGGGAGGUGGCUCAGCCAGGCUCCCAACAUUUUUCCCCCUGCCCCAUCCUAGGGUCAAUAAAAUUGAAU